UCUUUUAACAGCUGCCCCUUCCUUGCCAGUCACCUCACCUUGGCCAUCCCCAUCAUUGCAGCCGUCCUCUUCUUCUUUGUCAUCAGCUGCCUGCUCCAGACGAGCUUCAGAGACCCGGGCAUCCUGCCCAGAGCCACCCCAAGCGAGGCCGCAGACCUGGAAAAGCGGAUCGACAGCAUGGGUACCUCUACCUAUCGCCCGCCGGCCCGCACCAUGGAAGUGGUCAUAAACAAGUACGUGGUGAAACUCAAGUACUGCUACACCUGCAAAAUGUUCCGCCCUCCACGCACCUCUCACUGCAGUGUCUGCGACAACUGUGUCGAGAGGUUUGAUCACCACUGCCCCUGGGUGGGCAACUGCGUGGGGAAGCGCAACUAUCGCUACUUCUAUGCCUUCAUCCUCUCCCUCUCCUUCCUGACAGCCUUCAUCUUUGCUUGCGUCGUCACCCACCUCACUCUGCGCUCUCAGAGAGAUGGAUUCCUCGCCACUCUGAAGACGACACCUGCAAGUGUGCUGGAGCUGGUGAUUUGUUUUUUCUCAGUCUGGUCUAUUUUGGGCCUCUCAGGUUUUCACACUUACUUAGUUGCCUCCAACCUGACGACGAACGAAGAUAUCAAAGGGUCCUGGUCAAAUAAGAGGGGCUCAGAGUUUGCCAAUCCCUACAGCCAUAAAAGUAUCCUCACAAACUGCUGUGCAGUGCUGUGUGGACCAUUCCAUCCCAGUUUGAUAGACAGAAGAGGAUUUAUCCAGCCAGAUGUCGGGACCCCGUCCAGUCCUAAGAGCGAAAUCCCUUCCUUUGGAGCCAAAACUGACACCAGCAUGGUAGGAGGCAUUCCCUAGCAGUGCUGUGACGUAGCCCAGUGCCUGCUGUGCCUGCGUCUCACUCCAGCCAGAACCUUCCCCUCUUACCAUCUCCCCAGCCUCAGGCGGGACAGCCCUGUGCCACAGAGCUGCCAAAGACUCAGUCGAGCCAUACGUUGCCUUUUUUUUUUUUUUUUAAAUAAUUUAUUUAU